GGCCAAUACCAAUGGAGUCCAUCUACUCAAGGUGUUAUACUUGGUGCCUUCUACUACGGUUACGUUUUCACUCCUCUACUGGGAGGAAGAUUAUCCGAGCUCCUGGGAGCAAAAUGGCUCCUGGGAGGAGGCAUCUUCUUCACUUCACUUCUUACCCUUAUUACACCUAUGGCAGCUGACUGGGGUGUCGCUGUUAUGGUGGCCCUCAGGGUCAUCAUAGGCGCUGCUCAGGGUGUGAAUUCAGCCUCUAUGUAUGCAAUGUUCUCGAGAUGGGCCCCCACUCAAGAAAGGAGUCGAUUGCUCUCUAUAUGCACAAUUGGUCAGCACGUGGGCACCAUAGUCACCAUGCCCACCAGUGGUUUCCUCAUACAGUAUGGCGUGGGUGGUGGAUGGCCAUCCGUCUUUUAUUUAUUUGGUAU